CAAAAAAUUCUGAAAAUUAAGGACAAUUUAAUUAGCCAUGGAAGGAACCACCAUUUUCAGCUUGAAUGUUACAAAGUUAUUGAUGAUCAACGCAGUGCUAGUUCAUGCACUGCAGGUGCAGACACUUCGAAUACACUACAAACCAAGACUUCGUCCCUACCUUACUCGUCCUCCUCCUCCACCCACAGACGGUGCUAGCUCCAGUCUGCCAUCACCCACACGACCAAUUCCAAGUCCACCACUACCAUCAUUUAAAGAUCGCUUUCGCAAUUUUAACCAACAUAUAUGUGAUCAGUCCUGUACUCUUGAAUGCUGCGAUCUCUUUGGCAUCAACGAAACUUUGUGUCUCAAUGGCCGCCUUCCUGAUCAUGAUCAUCCCGGCCUUCCCCACCGCCCUCCGUUUAUAGGCCGUAUCCUUACCCCUUAUAGCAUUUGUUACUCUCAAUGCAACAAAAGAUGCAGCUACCAGUUGCCUCCCACCCUCUUUCAAUGUACUGCUGGAUGUGGUUAUCAUUUCAUUGAUACUAAAUCGGCCGAGUUAACUGAUUUGGAUGCUGACAAAGUGAAGAAACACGCUGCUUCCUGCUACCACAAGUGCAGGAAGAUUUUUGAAGUAGUGUGACGGAGGCCGCAAAUAUAUCAGGUUGAAUAAGAAUUUUUUUGUUUUUUUUUUUGUUUUUUGUUUUUGAAGAAUCGUAGUAGUUAAAUGGAUCGGUGUAAUGAAUUUGGUCUCCUGGGUUGUUAUAAAGCAGUGUGACGGAGACUGCAUAUUAACUUUUACGAAUGCAUAAAAGUUCAUACUUUUAUUUCUUGUCAAAUAAAAUAUAUA